UUUCGGUGCUCCGGACUGCUCCUGCUCGCAGAGUUUUGUUCCGCAGUCUUCUCCUGAAAGAGCACUUUCUCGAGGGUAAACAUGUCGACGAGCGACUUCUAUUUGCGGUAUUAUGUUGGUCACAAGGGAAAGUUCGGACACGAGUUCCUGGAGUUUGAAUUCAGACCUGACGGUAAACUGAGAUAUGCCAACAACAGCAACUACAAGAAUGACGUCAUGAUCAGGAAAGAGGCAUAUGUACACAAAAGUGUGAUGGAGGAGCUGAAGAGGAUCAUUGACGACAGUGAGAUCACCAAGGAAGACGAUGCAUUGUGGCCGCCUCCUGAUAGAGUUGGCAGACAGGAACUGGAGAUCGUCAUCGGUGAUGAACACAUUUCCUUCACAACUUCCAAAAUUGGCUCCUUGAUUGAUGUCAACCAGUCAAAGGACCCUGAAGGUCUUCGCGUGUUCUACUACCUGGUGCAAGACCUGAAAUGUCUCGUCUUCAGUCUCAUCGGUCUCCACUUCAAGAUCAAGCCUAUCUAAACGUGGAUUAUGCUCAUUUUAAUUGCUUUCGCUAAUGUUUCUGUUGUUGAACUACCGCAUUUGUAAAUUUGCCUUUGAUGAAACCAUUUUUUUUAUUUUAAAUAAACAGUGAAGACAAA